AUGAUCGCCAUCGCAGGAAUGAUUGGAACCGGCCUGUUUCUGAGCUCUGGGCAAGUCAUUGCCAUUGCUGGGCCUGCGGGCGCUUUCUUGGCCUAUAUUGUCAUGGGCUUCGUCACUGGUGGUAUCGCAUACACUACCGGUGAGAUCUCCUCUUUCAUGCCGUGCAGUGGUGGUUUCGUCCGUCAUGCGACGAGAUUCGUGGAGCCUGCACUUGGUGCGGCUACAGGUUGGAAUUUCUGGUAUACCAUGGCUAUUUCAGCGCCGACAGAGAUUACGGCUGCUGCUACUAUUGUUCAGUUUUGGAACGCAUCUGUCAGUCCUGCGGUUUGGAUCACUGUCUUCGGUGUCUUCAUCACUGCACUCAACUUUUGCAAUGUUAAACUCUAUGGAGAGUCGGAGGUCAUCUUUGCAUCCCUCAAGAUCAUGCUCAUCAUUGGUCUUAUCAUCGGCGGUAUCGUCAUUGACCUUGGUGGUACCCCAGGCCAGGAGCGUCUCGGGUUCCACUAUUGGAAAGACCCUGGCGCUUUCAACGAAUUCAUCGACACAGGCUCUGCGGGAAGGUUCCUCGCAUUCUGGAAAGUCCUGUUGACAUCAGCCUUCAGUUUCGGUAAUAUCCAAGUUGUGGCCAUUGCAGGCGCCGAGACUCAGAAUCCGCGCAAGAUCAUUCCCGAUGCUACAAGGAAGACAUUCAUUCGCAUCUUCUUCUUCUAUGUCGUCAGUAUCUUUAUCGUCGGACUCAUCGUGCCCUCUAACGAUAAGGACCUCACCAUUUCAACCGGCACAGCAACCCAAUCGCCCUUCGUGAUUGCAUUCGUGCGGUCUGGCGUCUCAGUCGUUCCGCAUAUUAUCAACGCGGUCGUCUGUACUUCUGCCAUCAGUGGCAGUUCUAGCUGUAUUUUCAUUGCAUCACGCACCCUGUACGGCCUGAGCCAGGACGGCCAUGCGCCCAAGUUCUUCCAGCGAUGCAACCGCUUUGGAACUCCGUACUAUGCUGUGGGCCUGACUGUGCUUCUGUUGCCACUGAUGUACAUGAGUCUGGGGAGCAGUGCGGCCAUCGUCUUCUCCUGGUUUGUCAAUAUCACUACGGUCGCUGGUCUCAUUGGAUGGAUCGUCAUUGCGGGUACUUACUUGCGGUUCUACGCGUGCUUGAAAAGGCAGGGGUAUUCACGAGAUGAGCUUCCAUAUCGCACACCUUGGCAGCCCUACACCGCGUGGGCCAGUUUGUUCAUGGUCGUAAUGAUCGUCCUAACUUCUGGAUUCGAUGUUUUCACCAAGAACAAUUUCACCGCAUCUGGAUUCCUCACCUCGUACCUGAACAUCGCGAUCUUCGCCGGACUAUACAUAUUCUUCAAAUUCUUCCUCAAAUCGAAGGUCGUUCCCCUGGAUGAGAUCGACAUCCGCGGCGAGUUCGAACAAAUCGAAAAGGAAAAAGCCCAAGGUCUCUAUCUCACCUCAGACCAAAUGGGCUGGUCCUGGUGGAGACGUACACUCCACUGGAUCUAA